AUGGACACCAACAAGAAGAUCCGAAACGCACCAGUAUAUCAUAUUACUGCUCCUUAUGGCUGGAUGAACGAUCCUUGCGCUCCAGGCUUCAAUGCAGAGACACAGCAGUAUCAACUCUUCUAUCAAUGGAACCCGUUUGGCUGCGAAUGGGGCAACAUGUCGUGGGGUCAUGUGACAAGCGAUGACUUGGUUCACUGGAAGUACGGCGCCGAACAACCUGUCCUUUCUCCUGAUCAAGCAUACGAUCACGAAGGAGUGUUCACAGGAUGUAUGGUACCAACCUCGAUGGAUGGGCAUAGCCAAGGAGCGACAAUUUUCUACUCAUCCGUAUGCAAAUUGCCAUUCAGUUGGGAGACUCCGCCGUAUCCACGUGGUGCAGCUGGAAUCUCUGUUGCCAAUCUAGUGGAGGAUGGUAAAUGGGAAAAGUUCCAAGGAAACCCUAUCGUGAAAGCCGAGCCUGAAAGCUUGUCAGUGACAGGCUUUCGAGACCCAUUUGUCGCUCAGUGGCCAGCAUUAAAGAAGGCGAGAGGUACAUCAGCUGAUCUUUUUGCAGUCGUUGCAGGGGGCGUCGAAGACAAGGGCCCUUGUCUCUUUCUGUAUGAGGUCAAAAUGGGGAACAUGACAGAAUGGGAGUAUGUGGGUAUGCUGAUCCAGAAACCAUUGCACUGGCGUCUAGAUCGGCACUGGAGCGGAGAUGCAGGUGUCAAUUGGGAGUGUCCAGGUUUCAUGACUCUUCGUGUGGGGAGUAAUGAGCGACACUUUGUCCUGGCGGGAUCCGAAGGCGGUCUCGACCGGGAUCACGUACUAGCACCUGACAUGCAACUUCAAAAAAGCCCACAGCGGAACGCCCGGUGGUGCAUGUGGAUGGGAGGCGAUUUCUCAGUCGAUAAUGGUACUCCCGAAUUCGAGCCUAAGUUCGCUGGUUUACUAGACUGUGGCGUGUUCUAUGCUGCAAGUACCUUCCACGACCCCAAGAGCAACCGUCAAGUGCUCUGGGGGUGGAUCAUCGAGGAAGACGCCACCAUUCAACGUUGUAGAGAAAAAGGGUGGACUGGCUGUCUAGCCUUACCCCGAGAGAUCUUUCUUUUGGAGCUACACAACAUCGAGGGCACCAUCAGCUCCCAAUUAGAGAGAAUUGCAAGCUUCAAUGUGGAGUCUGUGGACUCCCUGUCCACUGUGCGGACAAUGGGAAUCAGACCAAUAGCGGACCUGCAGGCAUUACGUGGCAACUCAGUACUCGAGGCUGGGCAGGUCUUCGAGCUCAAACAAGACACAGAGCAACAUUUGUGUUCUUGCAAGAACACUAGAUGGGAGUUACGAGUCUCGAUCAAUCUCGACCAGCAGUGCUCACGCGCAGGAAUUCGGAUUGUCCAUGAUCGUAAGUCUUCAUUGUUCACCGAGAUUUUCUUCUCGAUCAAAGAUGAAGAGAUCAUCGUCAAUCGACCCAAGCAAGCAGGAAGACGCCAAAACUUUGAGACGAAUAACCGUCAAGAAAGAGGUCCACAUACACUGCUUCGUCGGCAAGAAGAUGGAAGGUCAAAGCUAGAAGCACUGGACCUCAGAGUCUUCAGAGACGGCCAAGUGCUUGAGGUCUUUGCGAAUGAUCGUUUCGCGUUGGCGACUAUGGUCUACAUUGACGUCGAAGAUAGCAAAGUGCUAGACGAAGUUUCUUGUUUUGUUGAUACAAAGACCUCCGCCGAAGCAAAGGCUCAAUGCUGGGAAUUAUCGCCCUUCAUUGCUAGAGAGUAA